AUGGCCCGGUACCACUCGAUCGAGGCCGAGCUACCGCCGUCGCACCGCACGCACCCGUCGGCGGCGGCGUCCUGGGCAUCCCGCGCCGUCUACGCGUGGGUCCAGCCACUGCUGUCGCUCGGCAACGACCGCCAGCUGCAGCCCGACGAUAUUUGGCCGCUCGAAGCGCGAUUGCAGUGCAAGACCGUGAGCGCAGCCUUUGAGCCUGCCUUCCGGUCGACCCGCUCGAUUGCCCGUGCUGUGGCCUCCGUGUACGGUGGCCGCCUCCUCGUCAUCGGCCUCGUCCAAGCGAUCACGGUCGGCUGCACCUUGUAUGGCCCGAUCGUGCUCCAGCAGAUCCUCGUCGCCGUCGAGUCGGGCCCGGCCAUGGACGUCACGUACGUGCUCGGGACGAUCGUUGCGCUCUUUCUCGUGCGGUCGCUGCAAGCGCUGCUGACGGCCCACGCGACGUAUGCCAACCAGCUCGUGACCGUCCAGCUCACGUCGGCGCUGCAGCACCUCCUCUUCCAGAAAGCGCUGCUGCUCGACGCCUCGGCGCGCAAGGCGACAACGGCCGGCGAGCUCGCCAACCUCUUCUCGACCGACAUCCAGACCAUCAUCACCUUUUCCGCGGCGUCCAACCAGAUCUGGCUCAUUCCACUCCAAGUCGUCGUCAUCUUGGCCAUGCUGUACCGCGUCAUUGGCUGGUCGACGUUUGUCGGCGCCGGCGUCAUCGUACUCACGCUCGCCGCCAACCAUGUGCUCGCCAACGCCCAGCGCAACGCAUUCAAGACGCUCAUGGCGCAGAAGGACGCGCGCAUGAAGGUCGUCCACGAGGUCUUUGGGUCGAUCCAGGUCAUCAAGCUCAACGCGUGGGAAGAGAAAUUCAGCGACAAGCUGACGCGGCUCCGGGACGCCGAGCUACGUACGAUGCAUCACAUCAUUGUGCUGCAGUCGUGGUUCGUCGCACUCUUGUACGCAGCGCCCGUCGUCGUCUCGAUCGUCUCGCUCGCCAUCUACGCGCUCGUGAUGCGCCAGUCGCUGACGCCGGCGACGGUCUUUACCGCGCUCUCCCUCUUCACACUGCUGCGCGGCCCGAUGAUGUUUCUGCCGCAGAUCGUCGCCAACCUCAUGCAGGCGGUUGUGGCGCUGAAGCGCAUCAUGGAGUUUCUCAACAUGGACGAGAAGGACAAUGAUGUCGUCAAGACACCCGAAACCAUCUCAACGUCGGAACUCAACGCGUAUGCCGAAAAGAAGAUUGACAUUGAGAUUGCCGACGCCACGUUUGCAUGGGACGUCAGUGGCAAGCCGCUCUUCCACGGCAUCAACCUCCAGAUCAAGCGCGGCGAGUUUGUCUUAGUCCACGGCGCGGUCGGCGAAGGCAAGUCGUCGCUCAUGUCGGCGCUGCUCGGCGAGAUGCACAAACGCCACGGGUCGCUCUUCGUGGGCGGGCACGUCGCGUACUUUUCGCAGCAGGCGUGGAUCCAGAACCUCACGAUCCGCGACAACAUCCUCUUUGGCAAGCCGUACGACCGGAAAAGAUACAACGCCGUCUUGGACGCGUGCGCCGACGCCGACAUUUUUCUUUUGGACUCGCCCUUGUCCGCCGUCGACGCGAUCGUGUCGAACGAGAUUUUCACCAAGUGCUUUCUCGGUCUCCUCCGGCACAAGACGAUCGUGCUUGUGACGCACUCGCCCGAGAUCAUUGCGUCCUCGUACAUUGACCGGUCGAUCGAGCUCAAGCAAGGCAAAUUGCUGGUCACCGACGUCGAGAAGCUAGACGCGCCACUCCUUAUCUCGCCACUGAAGGCGCGCGUUGGGUUUGCUGGCAGCGGCGAGUUUACGGACGAAGACGUGUUUGCGUGUCGCCACACGGCGACGCAGCCGUCCUUUGUGUCACCGAAUGUCAUGUCACCGGGCUGCGACAACCUCUUUUGCACGCCGUUCGACGACACGAGCCUCGAGACAUACGACGAGACGACCAUGUCCGGGACGCUCGUGUUCCAGGAGGAGCGCCGCGCCGGCCGCGUCUCGUCGCAUAUCUUCUCCGCGUACCUCGAUGCGAUCGGGGGCUACCCAAUGCUCGUCUUUUGGGCGCUUGUCAUCUCGUCGUGGCAGGUUCUCUCGAUCGCGGGCGACUUUUGGCUCACGAAAUGGAUGGCGGACCCUGAGUACAUUGCGCACGGGCCGUACCACUUGGCGAUCUUCUCGCUGCUGUCGCUCGGCGGCGUGUUCUUUACAAUCCUCCGCACGGCCUCGAUCUUGCUCUCGGGACUGAAGGCGUCCCGACUGCUCUUUGAGAAGAUGACCGCCUCGCUCUUACGCGCGCCCAUGGCCUUUUUCGAUGCGAACCCGGUCGGCCGCAUCUUGAACCGAUACAGCAGCGACCUCGCGACGGUGGAUACGUCGAUCCCGAUGACGCUCAACUCGUUUUUGGCCAUGGUCUUUAUGGCGAUCUUCUGCCUCUUGACGACGAUUGUGGCCGUGCGCAGCCUCGGGCUCGUCCUUGUGCCCAUCGUGUACCUCUACUUUGCAACGGGGAGAGAGUACAUCCACCCCGCCCGCGAGGUUGAGCGCGUCAACAAGGUCACGCGGUCCCCACUGCUGAGUUUGAUUGCCGAAACCAUUGACGGCGCGCUCGUCAUUCGCGCGUUCGGCCAAAAGCAAGUGCGCCGCUUCCAGCGCCUCCAUCACCGCAACGUCGACACCAACUUGGAGGCCGUCGUCGCGGGCCAGGUCAUCACGCAGUGGUUCUCGCUGCGUAUUCAGCUCACGUCGGCGCUGCUCCUCCUCGUCACGUUCGUGUCGCUCGUGUGGGCGCGCUCGGUGCUGAGCCCGGGCUUGAUCGGCCUCGUGCUCAACUACACGUUUGCCGUGCUCCCGUUCUUCGAGUGGAUUGUGACCUCGUGGUCGCAGAUUGAGACGGCCAUGGUCGGCCCCGAGCGUCUCUCCGAGUACGCGGCGAUUGCACCGGAGGCGCCCCGUGUGAUCCACGGAGCGACGGCCCACGACUGGCCGACGACGGGCCAUAUCACGUUUCGCAACAUGAGCUUCCGCUACAAGGAGCACGAUGCGCUCGUGCUCAAGGACGUCAACGUCGACAUUGCGUCGGGCGAGAAGAUUGGCAUCGUCGGGCGCACGGGCGCCGGCAAGUCGAGUCUGACCAUGGCGCUCUUCCGCAUCAACGAGCUCGCGUCCGGCUCCAUCUCGAUCGACGGCGUCGACAUCAAGUCGGUCGGCGUCAAGACUCUGCGGAGUGCGAUCGCGAUCAUUCCGCAAAACCCCGUGCUCUUCAAGGGCACGCUGCGCAACUACUUGGAUCCGUUCAGCGACUAUGGCGACGACCAGCUCUGGGACGCGCUCACCAAAGUCAUGCUCCAGUCGCGCAUCGCGUCGGUCGACGGCCAGCUCGAGAGCCACGUCGAAGAGAACGGCGAGAACUUUAGCGUCGGCGAGCGGCAAAUGCUGUGCAUGGCGCGGGCGCUGCUUCGGCAGGCGCGCAUCGUGGUCAUGGACGAAGCGACGGCUGCGAUCGACCACGAGACGGACCAGAACCUCCAGCGCGUGAUCCGGACCGCGUUUGCGGCCUCGACCGUCCUCACGAUCGCACAUCGUCUCGACACGGUCUUGGACUGCGACCGCAUCCUCGUGUUUGACCAAGGCCGGCUCGUGCAGUGCGACACGCCGCAGCAGUUGAUUGACGACGGCACCGGCAUCUUUUACGAGCUCUGCACCGAAGGCGGGUACCUCGACAAGGUGCUCUCGUCGCCGUAG